GUAUAUUGUUAUGAGAAAAGUAUUUCCAGUUGAAUGAGAUGAUAAAAAACAUUAGACUUACAGGCCUAUGUUGGAAUCUUUGGUGAAUUGAUAGAGCAUGUUCAUGGAAUGAUGAAAAUGAUGAGGAUGAAGAAGAUGAUGAUUAUGGUGAUGAUAAAAAAUCGUCUUUAGCGUAACAGGUAUUGAUAGAGGCAAGUUGAACAGGAGAGGGUUCAAUUUGAAGGUAACAUUAUCUUGGAUAAUUUGUUCAACUAGAUUAUAUUUUUCUGUGUUCACCCUUCAUAGUUAAUCAAUCAUCAUUUUACCUUCUACAACAAUUAAAUCAUUUUCAUCUUUAAUCUAACAAUCAACUAAUCAUCUUGUUUAAUGGUUUAAAUUUACUCCUCAAAAAGCAACAAAACAAAAGUGAGAAAAUGAAAACUCUCAUUUGUUUACCUUUUCCUUGUCUCUAUUUGCUUUUAAAAUUUGAUUAUUGCGGUUAUUGUGUUUAAAAUUUAACCAAUUUGGAUAUUUGUUGAUCCUACUUAACCCAUUAAAUUGUGAUUAACUGUGUUUAAUAGUGUUUUAAAAGUGUUCAAUCAUUAAAGCUGGAAAUUUGUUCAUCACUUUGCAAUGUGUAUUGAUUGCAUCCGUUGCUCAUCAACUCUGAUUGUUAGCUGACUAAAUUGUGAAAAUGUUUUACGAUUGGACUGAACAAUUAAACAGGCCUAAAAGUCAAGUUUAUUUUGUCAAAAUCAUUUACAUUUUACAAUUUCUUUCAACUCAAAUGUUACCCUUAAUUUAUGCAAAAGAGGUUGAUGGAAGUAAACUAUUAAACAUGAAAAACAUAUUACCACCUCAAUAUGAUAAUUUACAGCCGCCGAAGGAAAACGGUAAACCAACUGUUGUGCGUUUCCAUGUCUGGGUUUUAAGCAUUGACUCAAUCGAUGAAGGCUCAAUGACUUAUGUUGCCGACAUUUUUAUAUCGCAAAGUUGGAAGGAUCAUCGACUCAAGAUUCCCGAUGAACUGACCAACACUUCAUCCAACUAUCGACUGUUGCCGUUGAAAUGGCUCGACUACAUGUGGCGUCCAGACAGUUUCUUCAAGAAUGCAAAGCAAGUUAAAUUUCAAGAGAUGACAAUUCCAAAUCAUUAUAUCUGGCUUUAUUCGGAUAAACGGAUUCUUUACAUGGUCAAAUUAACUUUGCUGCUUUCAUGUGCCAUGAAAUUUCAAUCUUAUCCUCAUGAUACUCAAACCUGUGAACUUAAAAUAGAAAGCCUUUCAUACACAAUGGAUGAUCUUAUUUUUGAUUGGGAAACUGAAUCGCCGUUAGUUGUUGAAUCUGCAAUUGAAUUGCCUCAACACGAGUUGGUUGAUUACAAAUUGGCCGAUUGUAGCCAAGUUUAUUCGUCUGGAAACUUUACUUGCGUUGAAGUUGUUUUCACAUUGAAACGUCGUCUUGGCUAUUAUAUAUUUCAUACUUAUAUUCCUACCUGCCUUAUCGUGAUAAUGUCUUGGAUCUCCUUUUGGAUCAAACCUGAAGCCGUGCCUGCUCGGGUAACCCUUUGUGUUACCUCACUAUUAACCUUAAGCACUCAACAUGCUCAAUCUCAAAAGUCACUUCCACCCGUCUCUUACAUCAAGGCAAUUGAUAUUUUCAUGUCUUAUUGUACGAUUUUUGUAUUUGCCUCGCUCAUGGAGUAUGCACUGGUCAACAUUUUGAUGACUGCCGAUGAAAAAUUAAACUCAAUUCCAACCACAACAACAACAACGACAAACAUUUACCAUCAACCCUCUCUACGAGCAUCAACGGCAACAGGCAACAACGUUCCAAUAGUCAAUGAAAAUUCGACAAAAAUUCGAACCAAUAGUCGUCGAGGUAGUUUCCGAUCGUCCGUUUUCGUCAAAAGACGUGAUCGAGCUUUAAUUGUUGACAAAGUUUCUCGCUGGGGAUUCCCGUCAACCUUCGUCUUAUUGAACAUUGUUUAUUGGUCUGUUUACUUGGACUGGAGCUAACAAUGAGAGAUCAUCGGUGAACUCGAGAAAAAGUGACGAGAAAAAAAAACAGUUCAACUCUGAACCAUCUCAACAUUAAUACCAUUAUUGCCAUAUAAUUGUUAUUACCUAAACAUAAAGAAAAUAAAAUUAAUUCUAAGCGCA